CGGCCAAAAAGCGCAUUCAAUUAUUCAAAAAUGGUAAUGGCCGUCAAAAUCAGUCUCUCCUCUUCAAUAUCCUUCCUAAACCCUCUUCAGAAAACCUUCUCUGUUCUCUCCACCAACAAAAAAAUGUCAUCUUGGUCAUGCCCAGCCUGCACUUUCAUCAACCCUCCCUCUCAAAAAUCCACCUGCCUAAUCUGCCUAUCGCCGGCGUCCACGCCGCCGGCAAAGCCCAAGUGGCCAUGCACGGCCUGCACGCUCCUCAACCCUUUCCCCUCCCAACGGUGCGAAGCAUGUGGGACCCGAGCCCCGGCUGCUUCGCUUUCCACUCUCCUUGACACGGAAGACGACGAUGACCCGCAAUCUGUGGGAACCGUUUUCUUGCCGUUGAGACAUUGCCAGAAUUCCGGGAAAUCAGCUCCGAUUGAGGUUGAAGAUGAUGACACUACUAUAUCUGAUACGGGAUACGGGUCGGGUAUGGAUACUUCAGAGGAGUCAAUGGCUGGGAAUGGUGGAAAGAAGAGGAAAAGGCUGGGGGAGCAAGUUGUGGUUGAAGAUGAUGAUGGGGUUGGUUUCAGGAAUGCCAAUACAGGCAAAAAUGUUGUCAUUGAGUCACUAGAUGAUGAUAUAGAACAAGCACAUAGCAGUACAUGGUUGGAUAAAAGGGAAUCAAGGGCCCUGAAAAUUUUGACAUACAAUGUUUGGUUUCGUGAAGAACUGGAGUUGCAUAAACGUAUGGAAGCUAUAAGCGAUCUCAUUGAGUUGCAUUCCCCAGACAUCAUAUGUUUUCAGGAGGUCACUCCCAGAAUUUAUGACAUCUUUCAGGGAUGUAGAUGGUGGAAGGUGUAUCGUUGCUCUGUGCCUAGUGAUUUGGCAUUUUCCAGGCCAUACUUCUGUAUGCAGCUAACAAAACUCUCAGUGAAAAACUUUAGCUGCAAACCUUUUGGCAAUUCAAUAAUGGGGAGAGAACUAUGUGUUGCUGAGAUUGAAGUAGAGAAAGAAAUGAGAUUGGUAGUUGCGACCAGCCAUCUCGAGAGCCCAUCCCCCGCUCCACCUAAGUGGGACCAGAUGUUCAGCGAAGAACGUGUGGCUCAGGCGAAGGAGUCCAUCAACCUCCUUGACCAACACCCAAAUGUUAUAUUUUGCGGGGAUAUGAACUGGGAUGACAAGCUGGACGGACCGUUUCCUUUAAAGGACGGAUGGGUUGAUGCUUGGUCUGAGCUAAGGAGUGGAGAGGUGGGGUACACUUACGACACGAAGACAAAUCAGAUGUUGAGCGGGAAUAGGUCACUGCAGAAAAGACUGGACAGGUUCUUGUGCAGCCUCAAGGAUUUCAGGAUACAUAAGAUUGAGAUGAUUGGGAAGGAUCAGAUAUCGGGCUUGUCUUAUUGUAAAGAAAAGAAAACGAGGAAUGCAGUUAAGAAGCUAAUGCUACCUGUUCUUCCAAGCGACCACUAUGGCUUGCUUCUGGAGAUUCUUCGUCUGUAAUUAGUGGUAAAUGGAUAUUAACUGCCUUAGCUUUUGGUCACUUCAGGGUUUGUCAUUUGUGUAGUUAGUGUUUUGGGGGUCACUCAAAUGCUGCCUGAACUAACACAAAUGUGCAGUUUUGUAUAGGCAAUGAAAACUGAAAAGGGUGUAACCAUAAUUGUAACCGGGCAUGUCCGGUUCGGUUUACACUGGCAGUUUAUGUCUGCUUCUGUGGCCGUCACUAGCCGGUUUCAUAGCCUAUUAAAAGAACCAGGUACCGGAACUGGUCGGAUUGGUUCUAUUUUGGGAGAAUGGGAAUUGAUUUAGGAUGGUUUGCGGUACAACUAUGGCUUAUUUCUGGAGAUUCUUCGUCUAUAAUUAGUGGUAAAUGGAUGUUA